AUGCCGAUCAACCAGCCUUCCAACCAAAUCAAGUUUACCAAUGUGUCGAUUGUACGGCUAAAAAAGGGCAAGAAGCGAUUCGAGCUAGCCUGCUACAAAAACAAACUGUUAGAAUACCGAUCCGGCGCAGAAAAAGACCUCGACAAUGUCCUGCAAGUCCCGACAGUCUUUUUGUCCGUGUCAAAAGCCCAAACGGCUCCUUCAGCAGAACUCAACAAGGCCUUCGGCGCCGAUACACCCCGCGACGAAAUCCUCCAAGAAAUCCUGCGCAAAGGCGAAGUGCAAGUUGGUGAGCGCGAACGAAAGGAUAUCCUGGAGCGUGUGGAGAAGGAAGUAUUGGAUAUUGUGUCGGGCCGUUUAGUCGACCCGAACACCAAGCGAGUGUAUACAUCGGGAAUGAUCUCCAAAGCGCUGGAUCAACUCAGCUCAGCAAGCGGCCAACAACAACAGCAACAGCCGGCAGGCGAUGCAAGUGGAGCAGGAGAUGAGAAGCCAGCGCAGCCAAAGAAGCCGCUAUGGACUGGUGUUUCUGCCACCCGGUCCGCAAAAAGUCAGGCGCUCGAUGCUAUGAAGGCGCUCAUUGCCUGGCAGCCUAUCCCGGUCAUGCGUGCACGAAUGCGGCUCCGCGUCACCUGUCCAGUAUCGCUUCUGAAGCAAUCAGUCAAGGCUGCACCCAGUGCUGCCUCUAGCAAGGAAAAAGAAACCUCAUCCGGCAACCCGAAAACCAAUAAAAAGAACAAGAAGGGGACAAAGAAGUCUGGCAAGGGCGGCGAUGAUUCCGAUAUUGAGGCCGGUGGCUCUGAUGCAGAGGCCGCAACCGCUCCUAAGGUGCCGAGUACGGUGAAAGACAAAAUCCUCAACUACAUCGAGUCCGUGGAAUCACAGGAAAUAAGCGGUGACGAGUGGGAGGUUGUCGGGUUCGCGGAACCGGGGGCGUUCAAAGGGCUCAAUGACUUCGUGGGCAACGAAACCCGCGGACGCGGACGAGUGGAGGUGCUGGACAUGUCGGUGACGCAUGAGGAUUGA